AUGGCGCUGGGCUGGCCGGACGCGGAGGCGGAGGCGGAGGCGGAGGCCGAGGCGCUGGCGCGGGGCGGCGCCCUGGAGGCGUUCGGCGAGGGCGAGGAGGCGCGCGCGCUGCUCGGCCGCCUGCCCGCCGUGCUCGGGGCGCGCGGGGCCCGCGAGGCGCUGCUGGAGCGCUUCCGAGUGAUCAUGGACCAGUACCAGGAGCAGCCGCACCUGCUGGACCCGCACCUGGAAUGGAUGAUGAACAUUUUAUUGGAUUUCGUGAGAGAUAAGUCAUCUCCAGCUGACCUUGUACAUCUGGCUUUUAAAUUUCUUUAUAUCAUCACCAAGGUCCGAGGAUAUAAAACAUUUCUGCGUUUAUUUCCUCAUGAAGUAGCUGAUGUGCACCCUAUUUUAGAUAUGUUUGCAGAUCAGAACCCCAAGGACCAUGAGACAUGGGAGACACGCUACAUGCUUUUGCUGUGGCUCUCUAUGAUCUGCCUGAUUCCUUUUGAUUUUUCACGUCUUGAUGGGAACCUUACUCAACCUGGACAGUCUCGGAUGUCCACCAUGGACCAAAUUCUCCAAAUAGCAGAGUCCUAUUUGCUGGUCAGUGACAAGGCCCGUGAUGCAGCUGCUGUUCUUGUGUCCAAGUUUAUUACACGGCCUGAUGUGAAGCAGAAGAAGAUGGCGCACUUCCUGGACUGGAGUUUGUGUACAUUGGCCCGCUCUUCCUUCCAGACUAUGGAGGGUGUCAUCGCCAUGGAUGGGAUGUUGCAGGCUCUGGCACAAAUAUUCAAGCACGGAAAACGUGAAGACUGUUUGCCUUCUGCUGCCAUUGUGCUCCGCUGCCUAGACGGCUGCAGGCUCCCUGAGAGCAAUCAGACGCUGCUCCGGAAACUGGGGGUGAAGCUUGUGCAGCGCCUGGGCCUCACCUUCCUGAGACCCAGGGUGGCCAAGUGGAGGUACCAGCGUGGAUGCCGCUUGUUGGCUGCCAACCUGCAGCUACCCAGCCAGAGUCAGAACGAUCUGGGGCUGGCACAGACUCCAGAGGAGCCCAAGGUGGAGGAGGAGGAUGACAGUGAUGUCCCUGAGGAGGUGGAGAGUGUGAUCGAGCAGCUGCUGGGCGGGCUGAAGGACAAGGAUACUAUCGUGCGGUGGUCUGCGGCUAAAGGGAUCGGCCGGAUCGCGGGAAGGCUGCCCAGAGAGCUGGCAGAUGACGUGGUGGGGUCUGUGCUGGAUUGCUUCAGUUUCCAGGAGACCGACAGUGCCUGGCAUGGUGGGUGUCUGGCGUUGGCAGAACUGGGCAGAAGAGGCCUGUUGCUCCCGUCGCGCCUCGUGGAUGUGGUGGCCGUGAUCCUCAGGGCACUGACCUACGACGAGAAGCGGGGCUCCUGCAGUGUGGGUGCCAAUGUCCGUGAUGCUGCCUGCUACGUGUGCUGGGCUUUCGCACGUGCCUACGAGCCGCAGGAGCUGAAGCCCUUUGUGGCCUCCAUUUCCAGUGCUCUGGUGGUCGCUGCUGUGUUUGACCGGAACAUAAACUGCCGGAGAGCCGCCUCCGCUGCUUUCCAGGAGAAUGUGGGGAGACAGGGCACCUUCCCCCACGGGAUCGACAUUUUAACCGCAGCCGACUACUUUGCUGUUGGUAACAUUUCCAACUGUUUCCUCACGAUCAGCACGUACAUCGCCAGCUUUCCGGAGUACACACGGCCCCUGAUAGACCACCUGGUGGAUAGGAAGAUCGGCCACUGGGACCGGGUCAUCAGGGAGCUGUCAGCGAAGGCCCUGCGUAACCUCACCCAGCGAGCACCUGGGUACAUGGCAGCUCACGUCCUCCCACAGCUGCUGUCCAUGGCUCAGAGUUCUGACUUGCAUGAGCGGCAUGGGGCGGUGCUCGCCUGUGCUGAGGUCACCCACAGUCUUCACAGCCUUGCGAAGGAGGAGCGCAGGUCCAUCACUGACUACCUGGAUGUAGAGGCCCUGCAAGGCCUGAAGCAGAUCCAUCAGCAGUUCCACGAGCGCCACUUAUACAGGGGCCUUGGAGGAGAGCUCAUGAGACAAGCAGUGUGCUCUCUGAUAGAGAACCUGUCACUGGCCCGGAUGCCCUUCAGAGGUGACCCCAUCAUCGAGGGCUGGCAGUGGCUCAUCAGUGACACACUGCGGAGCCUCUAUCUCUUCUCCAGCUCCUCCAGGCAGAGCAUCAAGGAUGCUGCUGUCUCAGCCUUAGCCGCCCUCUGCAGCGCCUACUACCGGGAGGAGCCUGGGACUGAGACCCUGGCCACACAUGGGGAGUUGGUUCAGCAGUUUAUCACCGAGCUCCAGCACCCGGAGGAGAUGACGCGCUGCGGCUUCUCACUGGCCUUGGGCGCCUUGCCAGGCUUCCUGCUGAAGGGCCGGCUCCAGCAGGUUCUCAAAGGCUUAGCAGCCGUCACCCACAUUUCUCCCCAGGAUGUGAGCUUUGCGGAGGCGAGACAGGAUGCCCUGAAGGCCAUCAGCAGGAUCUGCCAGGCGGUGGGGGUGUGCGCCCAGGGGUUGCCGGACGAGACUGUGUGCGAGGGGAACGUGGCGCAGGUGUACGACACGCUGUUCGCCUGCAUGCAGGACUACACCACCGACAGCCGCGGCGACGUGGGCGCCUGUGUCCGCAAGGCCGCCAUGACCAGCCUGAUGGAGCUGACACUGAUGCUGGCUCGAAAGGAGCCCGGCCUGCUGGACGUUGGCGUAUGCGAGCGAGUCAUGUGCUGCGUCGCCCAGCAGGCGAGUGAAAAGAUCGACCGGUUCCGAGCACACGCGGCCAGUGUGUUUAUGACGCUGCUUUACCCCGAAGGUCCCCCAGUACCUCACGUGCCCCACCGAGAGGAGCUGGAAAAGCUCUUUCCUAGAGAAGAGAUCGCCUCAGUGAACUGGGCCGCACCCUCUCAGGCCUUCCCGCUCAUCACUCGGCUGCUGGGGCUGCCUUCGUACCGCUACCAUGUCCUGCAGGGGCUGGUGGUAUCAGUGGGCGGCCUGACCGCAUCCACGGUCAGAUUCUCCACCCAGAGCCUCUUUGCGUUCAUGGAAGGGAUUCAGGGUGACCCUCAGGCCCUGGAGCAGUUUGGACGGAUGCUUCUGCAGGUGUUUGAGGACAACCUUCUCAAUGACAGGGUGUCAGUGCCUCUCCUGAAGACACUCGACCAGAUGCUGGCCAACGGGUGCUUCGACAUCCUUGCUGUGGAGCCAGAUCACCCCUUCUGUGUGAAGCUGUUGGAGCUCUGCAGGGAGGAGAUCAAGAAGUCCAGAGAUGUCCAGAAGCUGCUGUCAAGUGUCGCGGUGUUCUGUGGAAUGGUGCAGUUUCCGGGCGAGGUGAGGAAGAAGGUGUUUCUGCAGCUGUUCUUGCUCCUUUGCCACCCCUUUCCCAUGAUCCGGAAGACCACGGCCAGCCAGCUGUAUGAGACGAUGCUCACCUAUGCCGAUGUUGUGGGUGCCGGCAUCCUCGACCAGGUCCUGGCUGUGCUCGGCGACACGGCCUGGGAUGCAGAGCUCCCAACGGUGAGGGCCCAGCGGAACCGGCUCUGUGAUCUCCUGGAUGUGCCCAGACCUCAGCUGGUAUCCAAGCUUGUUUCUCCGCCGUGACCUGGGACAGACUUGUCACCCUCGGCUGCCCUCCAGCGUGGGCCAUCUCUCCACUGGCUGACCCAUCCCGUCAGCAGAGCCCACCAUCCCCAUCGGACCCUCAUCCAUCUAACUACCUGCUCUCUUCAGGCAGCUUUGUGUCCAUCCUGGGCUGGCUGUGGCUGCAGGCCCACGACCCCAGUGGUCAUUUCGUAUCCAGGGAGCAGCUGGGUCCUGUAGCUCCUGCAGUUGAACCCUGCACCCUGCCAGGCUGGCCACGCUGCUCCCAGGCUGCCCUCCUGCUGGCUAUGGUACUGGAGAUGUUGGGGUGUAUGGCCU